AUGCUGAAUCAAACAUCAGUCACUGAAUUUCUUCUCCUGGGACUGACAGAUGUUCAAGAGUUGCGGCCUUUUCUCUUUGUGAUUUUCCUCACCAUUUACUUUGCCAAUAUAGCUGGGAAUGGAGCUAUACUGAUGAUUGUUAUCUCUGACGCAAAACUUCAUUCACCUAUGUAUUUCUUCUUGGGAAAUCUAUCCUCUCUGGAUAUCUGCUACUCCACAGUGACACUACCAAAGAUGCUGGAAAGCUUUAUCUUUCCAUACAAAGCCAUCUCUUUUGUGGGAUGCAUGAGCCAGCUUCAUUUCUUUCACUUCUUGGGCAGCACAGAGUCCAUGCUAUUGGCUGUGAUGGCCUUUGAUCGCUUUAUGGCUAUUUGCAAACCACUUCAUUAUACUGUCAUCAUGAAUCAUAGGCACUGUGCUCAGAUGGCUGCCACAGCAUGGACCAUUGCAUUCUUCCAUGCCCUUCUACAUUCUAUAAUGACCUCUUACUUGAACUUUUGUGGUUCCAAUCACAUCCAACAUUUUUACUGCGAUAUAAAGCCAUUGCUGGAGCUGGCCUGCGGGAAUACUGAGCUGAAUCAGUGGUUACUCAAUAUCGUUACAGGAGCUAUUGCCAUGGGCUCUUUUUUUCUCACAAUUCUCUCCUAUUUCUAUAUUAUCAUAUACCUCUUCUUCAAGACCCGUUCUUGUAGUAUGCUUCACAAAGCACUGUCCACAUGUGCCUCUCACUUCAUGGUAGUUAUUCUUUUCUUUGCUCCUGUUGUCUUCACCUAUAUUCGUCCUGCCUCAAACAGCUCCAUGGACCAGGACCGCAUCAUUGCCAUCAUGUACACAGUGGUCACUCCUGUACUAAAUCCACUGAUAUAUACUUUGCGGAACAAGGAAGUGAAGAGGGCUUUGGUCAGGGUGGUCAGAAGGAAGCUCUGA